AUGGCAAAGAAGGUCGCGAUAAUCGGCGCCGGCCCCUCGGGUCUAGUCACGGCCAAAACCCUCCUAAGGAAUUUUCCAGAGGGGAAAUUCUCUCUUGUCAUCUUUGACGCCCGACAUGAAAUAGGCGGUCUGUGGCCGGCUGGUUCUCCAGCGUCGGAUACAUCGACCAGGACGGAUGGUGAUGGCACGCCUGGGACAUUAGACCCGCGCAUGCGGACGAAUCUUAGUCGGUUUACUGUUGCAUUUUCGGAUCUUGCUUGGGGUACGCAUGGAGAUCAAACAGAACCCAAUCAGCCGGACGGUAAAGUCUUCUCGGAGGAUUUCGACCAACUGGUCAUGUCUGCAGGCUUCUUUGCCCAGCAGUAUAUCCCAGCUAUACCAGGUCUGGACACUUUCCCGGGACAGAUCAUACACAGCUCAACCCUUCACCGUGAGCGAGACAAUCUGAAAGAUAUCACCACCAAAGGUCAAAUUGUCAUCAUUGGCGGCAGCAUGUCAGGUGUGGAAGCCGCAUCAGCCAUAGCCCUCCACCAAUCAUCCGGAUCUCUUUCAAGCGAUACAAUACUUCCCUCCCCGUUCAAAGUUCACCACAUUCAUUCAAGACCGUUUUGGGCUCUCCCGACCUAUCUUCCUCAAGAAUCUGACGAGAUGCCUUCUUUCCUACCUUUGGAUCUGGCAAUGUACGAUCUAGCUCGUCGACCACCCGGCCCAAUAGAAUACAUGCUGGGCCCGAUCUCAGAGGAAAAGGCACUCAAGACCAAUGAUUAUUUCCAAUCUUUGCUUGGAAGCAGCUAUGCGAAGUAUGGUCAUAUGCAUUCUGACAAGGAGAGUGGUCAGAAAGUUCAACCACCCUGGGUGGCUAUUGGAAAUGAUUACGCGGAGUUUGUACGAGCGGGGACAAUAAAGGCAGCCAUGGGCCGGGUGAUUUCUGUGCAGUCGAAUUGCGAUACGAAACUCGCUUUGGUUGAAUACAGACAUGCAAAUGGGGAGUCUGUCAUGAUUGAUGAUGUGGCGGGUAUUGUCAUGGCUACGGGGUUCAUGCCUCAUAGAUCUCUGUCUCUGUUGCCCGACGAUGUCCUGUCUACGCUGGAAUACUCGACCGAAGAUGCGUUCUCGCCGUUGAUUCUCGAUCAAGGCGGUACUGUCCGCUCUGAAAUGCCUGACAUUGGAUUUGUGGGAUUCUAUCGAGGUCCUUAUUGGGGUGUUAUGGAGAUGCAAGCGAGAUAUCUUGGGAAACUGUGGUCUGGGCAAGAUGAGACUGUCGUUUGCUUAACGGAUAAUCAGAGGGACGGACUUCGGACUCUCAGAUCUGCCGAUCCACUUCUUGCUCGUGGUCAAUUUCCUAUGGUGGACUAUGUCGGAUUGAUGGAAUCUUUUGCUAGGGACCUUGGGAUUGACCGCUCCGUAUUAUCAGGGGACAGUCGGUCUGGACCUGUUGUUCCUGCUCGAUAUCUAUAUGGCAAGUCCAACCACGAAGACCUCGAUUUUUCGGACAGGGAGGCGCAAAAAACAUUGGAGGAUUUACGGGACAGCUUGAUCCAUGGUCAUGAUGCAGCACAAAAGGCAGCCGCAUCAGCGAUUUUCCGCGCUUUGCAGGGGUCUUGGAAAUCUACCAAAAACGCCUCGGGUUCAAGUGCUCCAAGUGAUGAGAAUGUGACUGGUGAUCUAACGUUCUAUCCGCGAUACCCAACCAGUCCUGCAUAUGAUAGAGAAUAUCUCUGCGAGGAUUCCCCCAUUGGACAAUCCUCGCAAGAAAGAAAUCGAUUCAUCAUGCGCUUGGCAGAGACAUGCUCUGAUAUGGCUACUUCUCGAAUUGAAGUUUGGUCCGUGGAACUGGCAGACCAACUAUCAGCUGGUGUGCUUGUCCAAACUUGGGAGCUGGAGCCUCUAGGGCGAGAUUUAGGAGGGGAAAGUGCUGUGCCGGGGGAAUAUGUGAUUGCCGCCAAGAGUUUUGGGUUGAGGUCUGGAACAAGGUGCUUGUAUACCUUCCAUUUCAAGGGAGUCUCGAUUUCAUCUUGGGGUUGUGUUGAAUCUGAGAGUGGUGUGGGAGAAGGUGAUCAAUCCAGAUCACAGGUUGUGUAUAAAAGGUGUGCAUAA